CUUACGUAAAAUUAUGUCUCGUCGUUGCGGCCGCCUCGUCAAGUCAAAGACACGAGAUUUGAAACUCGUCGAAGGAUGAGAGGCCACUCAGCACCGCCCACGUGGCACAAUGCAGACAUCAACCGACCUCCCCCGCUCUCUCACAAUUUAUAUCGUCGCUGGCACGUCGAAGAAGCCGCCAUUGUUGCACCUGGGGAGAGCUCCUGCAAUCUGCCUCGUCUGACUAAAAAUAGUCGCGUAAGACUUUUCGGCCGCGUCCUGGAAGACAAGCAGUUCGCCGGAGCUCCGUCGCGAAGGACUGCUUCUCGUCGCGAUUCUCGACCAAUUUUGGCUCUCAGAUUCUUCGUUCAUCGUGAUCUCGACGAGCGUGAGAAGCUUCUUAUUCACAUACACACGCACUCUCUCUCUCUCUCGCGAGGAGUCUUCGCCCUCCGUCGUUCGUUCUUCAUUUUCAAAAUUUUCUUUCUGUCAAAAAGCUCGGAGAGGACGACGGCGCGGCGUGAGUUGCGUGCGGGACACGGUGGCGGUUCUUCGCUGGGGCGGGGUUCGCAAUUUGUGUGCUCGGGUUUGAACCGGAUCGGAUUGGUCUUUCUAGGAAAGUCAUUUGUUACGUCCGCCAUUGAAAAAUCUUUUGAUAGUCCAUAGCUCAGCUGGUGGGGCAUGGAACUCGAGAAUGAUGACCGGAGACGCAGACGAAGCAUGUCUCACGGCAGGACAAGCAGCAAUGGUUCUUCAUUGAGACGAGGCUCGUUGAGUUUGUCAAGUGUGUUCCCAAAUCAGAUGGAUGAUGACAUUGAAAGUGAGAGGGUUUCAGAGGCUGGCGAUAUUGGGGAUCGUGCUCUUAGCAGUAAGCGGUACAGUGAAAGUGGCAGUUUGCGUUUCUCUGCAGAUCAUGCUAUAGACAAUGGAAUAGUUUUUCCAACUCAAGAGGACACCCUGCUGUAUCCUAUUGGUUUUUGGUCUCGCGAUCUGUCGACUUUGAAUUCCGUCUCCCCUUUAUCACCCUUGGUGGAAGAGAUCAUAUCCCCUCUAUCAACUGAUGGAAUCUUGAGGCCCGUAGACAAAAAGGAUGAAGAGAAAGUGUUGCCUCAGUCAUUGGAGUACAUAUCAUGUCUUGUUCAUCUUGCUGUUUUUGGGAUUCUAGGGGUCUUAACAAGGUAUUUACUUCAAAAGCUAUUUGGCCCUGCAGUUGCUGGAGUGACAAGUGAUACAACUAUAUUAUACCUUGAUCUUCCUUCAAACAUGGUUGGUUCUUUUCUGAUGGGGUGGAUUGGUGUUGUUUUCAAGCGAGAUAUAUCCGAAGUCUCUGAUUUUCUAGCAAUUGGAUUGUCAACUGGUUAUUUGGGAAGCCUUACAACUUUUAGUGGUUGGGAUCAGAAGAUGCUUGACCUUAGUGUAGAUGGCAAGUGGCUGUUUUCAGUCCUCGGAUAUCUAAUUGGAUUGUUUCUUGCAGCCUAUUCAAUUGAAUUCGGGGUGGAGACAGCGAAGGGCUUCCGAUGGUUAAUGGAGAAGCACCCUGCAAAUUCUAGCAACGACCUAUCUGCAAAGAGCUGGAGAGUAAACUGCUGUAAGCAUCACUUGGCUAUGAUUCUGGUGAUGGUACUGUUGUUGGGGUCAUUAUGGGCUCUCAGUGCGAUAAUGCUGAAACGUGAGUUUGGAAAAGGAGGCAGUGAUGCUCAACUGUGGUUGGGUUGCGUCGUCGGGCCAGUCGGUGUUUGGAUCCGGUGGUUCGUAGCACGACUGAAUGGGCGUGGGCUAGGAAAGACUGGUCUUUUGAAAUGGGUUCCAUUUGGGACUCUGAUUGCCAAUGUCUCUGCAGCUUGUGUCAUGGCAGCUCUCUCUACUAUGAAGAAAGCAGUGAAUACCAAGAAUUGUGACACGGUUGCUACGGGCAUCCAAUUUGGACUUCUAGGCUGUCUGAGUACUGUGUCGACGUUCAUGGCCGAGUUCAAUGCAAUGAGGCAGAGCAAGCACCCUUGGCGAGCUUAUGCAUAUGCGAUUGCUACAAUAACCGUCUCCUUCGGCUUGGGAAUCCUGAUAUACAAUCUCCCUGUUUGGAUAAAAGGAUAUGAGUAAGCAUGUCGAGAUGGCCUCCUCCUACUUUACUUCGGACAACGCUUGAGGAACUUGAGAGGAGACCAGACCUGUGCAUAGACAAGACGAGAGAACUCCUCUGAGUUACACCACCUAAGAGUUUUUUCAUGGUGCUUUGAGGCAAGCUCCAUUAUACGGAAGCAUGCAUUUUACCCACCAUGGUCAAGUUUAGACCCUGCAUAUGUUUCAGCAGAUAGCAAAUUACAACUUACACGAAACCGAGGAGUUGUACUUCUCACUUGUAAUAUUUAUGGGAAGACUUUUGCCUAUGAUCCUUGAGAAGUAAGUCCUCCUAACAACAUCCGAAAGAAAAAGCUUAAUGUUGACGUAAU